AUGGCUGAUAGAUGGGAUGAUUUUACAGGAGAAAUUAAUGAAUUUAUUUGGUGCUAAUUAAAAUAAAAAGAUGUGAUGCUACUUUCAGGAUAUGCUGGCUCUGGUAAAAGUAAAGCAGCUAGAAAAAUAGAAGAAUUUUAUGGAAAUACCAAAACCGUUAGAUUAAAUAGAUUCCCAUCUUUGUUUCUCUUUCAACAAUACAGAAUCCAAAAUAUAAUUUAUUUGAAUAAGUAUUAGAAUCUGAAAACUAUUAAUUUGACAAAUAUUAAAUAAGGGAAUUCAAAGAGGCAAUAUAGUCGAAGAAGGAAUAAACUUGAUAGCUAUCACGAGAUAAAAGUAUUUAAUAAAAUCUCAUAAUGA